AUGUCGAAUUUGAAAGAGUACUCGGUAAAUGACGUGGCUCAGCAUUGCACAAAUGACGAUUUGUGGUUGAUCUAUGAUGGAAAGGUCUACGAUAUGACCAAAUACUUCCCACAACACCCAGGAGGAAUCGCAAUGUUGAGGAGAGCCGGACAAGAUGUCUCCAAUGUUCUCCCAUUUGUCAAAUCUCACGGCUUUUCGUGGUCAUUCAUUGAGAAGAAAUUAGCUGAACAUUGUAUUGGAAAAGUGAAA